CCAAAACACGGGAGAAUGGGGAAUUCAGAUUUCCAAAUUGAGGAGAGAGGGCCGAGAAACGGAAUUGGAGUUUUGCUUCUUCAUGGUCACUUUUGGCGACCAAGUUACACUAGAAGACGAGCUUGAUAUUAGCGGUAGUCUUAUUGGUGUGCAAAAGAAAACAAUUGAGGAAUUGUAUGAAUUGUAUCGUCUGCAUUCUGGAGCAUUGGGUUUUAGCAUUAGGAAGUAAUACAUCUAGGAUUGGUAGGGUUGAGGGAAAUGUUGUAUUUAACGAAGGAAAAGUAUUUUGUUUGUUCGUGUCAUGGAAAACCGGAUGGUCAAAGUGAUUUUGUUUCUGUUCCGGAUGUUGUUGUUGAUGAGGAUGGCAAUGAGAGAAAGCGGAAGCAACGGAGGGUUAUUGUUACAAAGACAGGGUGUAAUGCAAUGAUGAGGGUGAAGUUAAAUGAUUCGGGGAUGCAUGAAGUUAUAGGUCAUGUGCUUGUGCAUAAUCAUGAGCUUACACGUACUGAGUGGCAACAUUACCACCGUUCAGAAAGGGCCAUUGGGGAUGGCAAAGCGAAAGAAAUUAUUGUUAUUACAGAAGCAUCAAUGCGUCCUGCUGUGCAAUAUCGAUAUGAAUGUCACCAGUAUGGUGGUGCAGAGGACCUUGGUCACACUUCUCGUGACCACUACAAUUUUGUGAAUAGGCUAAAGAUGAAGGCAAUUGAAGGAGGUGAUGCACAAGUUGUCAUCGAUAAGCUUAGCCAAAGGGUUGCUGAUGAGGAUGACUUUUUUAUAGGGUUUAAUUGGAUAGCAUGGGUAGGUUGUGUAAUGUGUUUUGGCGCGAUUCUAUGGUGAAGGAUGAUUAUAAAUUGUAUGGAGAUGUUACUGUUUUUUAUACCACUUAUCGUACAAAUAGGUAUAAUUUGAUAUGUGGUGCAUUUGUGGGUAUAAACCAUCAUUGGAAGAAUGUAAUGUUUGGGUGUUGCUUUUUGUCGGACGAGACAAUUGAUACAUUUGUUUGGCUCUUUGAGGUUUUCAAGAAAUGUAUGGGUGGAGUUUGUCCUGUGUCAA